UCACCUUGACACGUUAGGCUGGACAUUGGACACAACAUCCCUGUGAAGAGGAAAGAAGGGGCAGAGACUCUGGAAAUUGGACACGGCGAACCACGCGACCACACCCACCCACUAGUCGUACCCGUCCCACUCGGGCGAAACCGAUACGAUGGUGGCAAUGGCAGACCCACAGGGAACGGUGGGAGGGGAAGGGGGAUUGUUGGCUCGUGUAGUUGCGGCUUCGGCAACGGCUUGCGAGGAGCAGCAGGUCGCCCGGAUCAAUGAUGAUGCUAUAGCGAAGUUUCUCGACGGUGGAGGCGUUCCCCUGGACAAGUACAAGCGGGCGACCUCGAGAGUCCCUCUCCCGCUCAAGUUCGACGACGCCGCGCAGGAGAUAAAUUUUCACAGCCUUUUGGCGCUGCUGUCGUUCGGGGGGGCCCACGAGCCUGAGCUUCUAAGACUGACGGGUUCGAACGUGGACGAUGCUGCCAAAUUCGGUCUCAUCGGCUCGCACCUCAGCAGGGAAAAGCUGGACGCUACUUGGAUGAAGAACGCCCAUGUCGGGAGUGUUUCGGAAGGAUUCAAGAUUCCGGUUCGGGAGGAUGCUCCGUCGACCAUCCCGGGCGUCACCGUCGACAGGCCCGGGGCGCUGGUGUCCCAUGCUCAGGCGCUGUGCUCGGUACUCAAUGAGACGGGCGAGGCAUUGCUAUCGCGGGGGUACACGGAUAUGACGCAGUUCAUCCUGCACUCGGCCAGGUCAGACCCUGGUGUCGAAGGACUCGUGCGGUCUCUCAGCGGAGCUCUCCCGGGUUUCCAAGACACCGAAACUGUCAACGGGUUGGACGUGCUCAUGCUCAAGAAUGCCCAGGUGCUGGCGGGCGAGCUAAGCGCAAGGAUGGGGAAGGCCGUGGAAGACCUCCGGUUUGAUGACUCGGACAAGCUUACCGCCGUGGCGGACGCCGACGUCAUCACGGCUCUCAUCACCCUAGGAAUCCUCGAGCCAGCGACAACGGCAACGCCAACAGGGACUGCCGAAACGGUGGCAGACGGGGCGCCGCGAGAGGGUGGGGAGAUAGCCGAAACGGCGGCGGGAACAAGUAGCGCCGACGGGCGCCCGGGUCAGGCGUUCAAGCCGAAGGACACGGCAGAGCUGAGGGCCGUCGCAGCGUGCCACAGAAUGGCGGAGUCCCUGGGGGAGGACUACCGGCCGCACGAGCUGUCCUUGUACCUCAAGCGACUAUCGCGGCGGAAAGAGUACAAGGAUGCACCACGUUUCUUACCCAGGGAGUCUCGAGCGUUAUGAAGGAUAACCGGUUUGGAAGCCGGAUGCAGUUGAUGGCCCUUGAUUGCGCUGGCUCUUCUAGCUGCACCGGGGUGUCGAUUGGGCAAGCGAUUGAAUGCAAUGAUUCUGAAAUGCCGUCUCGGCCUGUUCUCGAAGCGCUCGACCGGCAUGUUGACUCGUCUUCCCCUUGGCUGUAGGGGAACGUUGAUGUGAAAACAAGUUGAUAUGGAGACGUGCCGGUAUCGUUCGUGGGCAGGUCUGUGAUCUCGCUCGAUUGGGCUACAGCCCCGUUGGCUAGAAGCAUGUUUUUGGUUCGAUUCCCGCACGGAAGGGUUCGUUUCGUGCAAUUUGUAUUGGAAUGCAGUUUAAUUUCGCGAACACUGCAGUUACACUUUCUGCCGUGUCUCCGGCGGGACCUCGUUGUUGGCCUUGGUGAAAUGGGCCUUGCGUAGAAAGCCUUGUGUUUGCCGCGCGCGGAACAAUCUGUGCUGAUGUGACCACACAGACAUGGGUGGAAUAUCAUUUGCACCUGAGGCAACCUAUUGAAAAUGCAAUGUCAACUAGCCUCGCGCUUCAGGGGCUUCACUUGCGCUACUGCAGUUAAUUCCAAGUUGUUGUAAGAGCUUGGAAGAUAAAACCCACUCGGGUCAUCGCACAUGUCCGAACAC